AUGCUUGCCGUUAAAUUCUACAACCUCCAAGCGCUAAUUCACCGGCCUCUAUUAUCACCCCCCAAAGUAUUGAGAACGUGUCCCAACUAUCAAGCAGAAAGUGGCCGUAUCUCAAUGUCUAAAAGAAAGUGUAUUGUUGCUGCGCAACACACUGCAAAACUACUUCAUAACCUCGACGAUAAGAAGAGUCUCGUUUAUGGCUUUCCCUGGUGGCAGAUGAUAUCAUGUCUUAUUUGUGCCAGUUCGAUCCUUCUUGUUGCAAGCAUUUGCGUGGACCUGGAUUCAGACAAAGAAAUCUUCAAAGACACAGACUGGAUAGCCGUGGAUGAAGAUGCCGAAGUUUGCCUGAAGGUCUGUCAAGCUCUCAGCUCUAAUUCAAAUGCAGCAAGGCUGGCGAGUGACAUGAUGCAAAGGCUCAAGAAAACAAGGACGAUCUCCAAAGGGGAGACGAUGAAUUGUGUUGCAAUCGGGGCUGUCCCUACUGCAGAAAAUGGGUUCGGCAAUAUCACAGAUACACUACCAUCCGGCGACCUCUUCCAGGCCACAAUGCUAUCACAGCUUGACUCUACGGGCCUGAGCCAAGAAUCUUUCAACCUCAUGUACCAGACGAUGCCCUACGAGGUUUCAGAGCCGGUAAUGUGGUCGGCACAAUUUGUGAAUGAAGCAUAUAACCCCUUCCUACAUCCUCCGGCUAUUUAG